AUGUACAAAGUUGCCAUUUCUGGCGCCAAUUUAGGUAGAAAGGUGCCUAGGUAUAAAAUCUUAGUGGCGGCUGGUGGUCGCGAAAGGUGUCAUGUAAAUGCGGUUUGGUCUUUUCCUCUUUCCUUCCUUCCUCCUCACGUCAGGCGCGGCGAUCCUUUACCAAGAUGGCGGCAGCGUCUCUAUCAUAAACAACGUCGACCCCAGAGCGGGAGUGUUUCCGGGUUGAUUGUGGUGUCCCGGCUGAAGCGGUUGUCGCGGGUGCGGGGGAGAAGGAAGAGGCAGCUCAGAGUGAACUUGAACCUGGAUCGGGGACGAUGUGGGAGCAGCGGGAUCGGUGAGAGCUUCCCGCUCUUCUGGUCAGGAGCGUUGCGGAUCUGGGCGAUGACGGUGCGAGGCCUCCCCGGCGUCCUGCUGCUGCUGGCGGCGGCUUUCUUGGGAGACGCGGUCGCCGGCCGCCAUGAUGAUCGGUUCGAUGUCUUGAAUGAAUGGUUAACUGAUUAUGACAUCCUGUCUUUAUCGGAUAUCCAUCAGCACUCUGUGAGAAAGCGUGAUGCAGGACCACAGUCCCAUGUAGAACAAUCAGUCCAAUUUUCAGCCCUCAACAGAAAUUUUAGAUUGUAUUUAACUUCAAGCGUGGAACAAUUUUCUGACACUUUCAGAGUGGUUGUAGUGGACAGAUAUGGAAAUGAAGAAGAAUAUCCUGUGCAGUGGAAAAACUUCUUUACUGGUCAUGUGAUUGGUGAGCCAGGUUCAAAAGUCCGGGCCGUUAUUGAUAAUGAGGAUUUUGCUGCCAGAAUCGUUACCGAUGAAGGAGAAUAUAACGUAGAGCCCCUCUGGAGGUUUAUUGACUCUGAGCCUGUUGAAAAAUUGUUGGCAUACAAAUCUGAAGAUGUUCGGGAAAUUGGGCGUUUAAAGUCAUCAAAUGUUUGUGGUUACAUAAAGUUGAAUGAAUCUGUACUUUUACCAGAAGAACUUGAUGAUGAUUUCGAUACAGAUGCUUCUACAGAAUAUAUCCAGCGACAGAAGAGACAAAACGUCCUAGAUCCUGAAAAGAAUACUUGCAAAAUGCUAGUUGUAGCAGAUUAUCGCUUUUUUAAGCACAUGGGGCGUGGUGAAGAGAGCAUCACCAUCAAUUAUUUGAUUGAAUUGAUUGACAGAGUAGACGAUAUUUAUCGGAAUACCACUUGGAACAGUGCUGGUUUCAAAGGAUAUGGAGUGCAGAUAGAGGAGAUCAUUGUCAACAAAGAACCAACAGUGGUGACUUGGGGGAAGAAACAUUACAAUAUGGCUGGGAGUUAUCCAGAAAACAAAGAUGCUUGGGAUGUUAAGCCUCUACUUGAGCAAUUCAGCGCUGAUAUAGCCAAAAGUGCUUCCAAAGUUUGCCUUGCACAUCUGUUUACCUACCAAGAUUUUGAACAUGGAACACUUGGAUUAGCUUAUGUUGGAUCUCCAAAAUCACGUGCAUUAGGUGGCAUAUGCCCUACACGUAAGUCCAAAUCCUAUGAUCACCCAACCAUGGAGAAGAUAGUGUACCUGAAUACUGGAUUAACCAGCACAAAGAACUAUGGGAAAACAAUCCUCACCAAGGAAGCAGAUCUUGUUACCACUCAUGAAUUAGGUCAUAACUUUGGAGCAGAGCAUGAUCCAGAUACCCAAGAAUGUGCCCCAACUGAUGAUGAUGGUGGGAAAUAUGUCAUGUAUCCCAUAGCAGUGAGUGGUGACCAGGAUAAUAACAAGCUGUUCUCCAACUGCAGCAAACGAUCAAUUUAUCGAACACUAAUUAAUAAAGCGUCCAAGUGCUUUCAAGAAAGAAACAAGAAAGUAUGUGGAAAUUCGCGUGUGGAUGAUGGGGAGGAAUGUGAUCCUGGGCUUCUACAGCUAACUGAGGACAAGUGUUGCACUCAACAAUGUCGACUCAAAAAAGAUAAGAAAUGCAGGUAA